AUGGCUUCUGCGACAACGGCGAACCAUGCCACGAGCGUUGCAGAGCUGCUGGUUUCGAGUGUGGUGGCUGCGGUGGCGCAUUUUGGAAUCAGUGCUGGUGCUGCAACAACUCUUGUUAGCGACAUCGCCGUGAGGCGCUCAAGCGAAAGACGCGUUGUGGCGGCCUUAGGAGGAAGCGCGAGGUUCACGUCGAAAUCAUGGCUCGUGUUGCAGCUAUCUGAAUGGCUCGGAUCAGUCUGUUGUGUAGCUCUUCAGAAGGCUAGCACAGGAGGCGGCCCCGGCAGCCGCGAUACAGCACUGGAAGAUAUAGUGACGAACGAAGAGUUCGCAGGGAGGGUUCUUGAAAGAAUGGUGGCCUAUUUCCCGAAAGUAGCUACUGGCAUGUAA